UCGGAUCUUCCUUUCGUAGAAAUUAUUCCCAUAUAAUUCGGUCAUGGUUUAUUGAAAUACGUACUUUCCUGCCGAAAUUUAAAACCUGUCUGUUUUUGAACAACUGUAAGCGGUUUUUGACGCUUAUAAACUCAAAGCAAAGAAAAGUGGGUUGCAGUGCUGUCACAUGUCCUAUAAAUAACACCGAAAGUUUUGUUUUGAUGUGUCAGUAUGAAGGCGGGCAGGAUAUUUUGAGUCCGUAUAAAUCAGGUCAGCCAUGUUCAAAGUGUACAGAAGAGGAAACCUUUUGUGAUCGUGGACUAUGUGUUUCUUGCAGUUCAUCAAAUCAGAAUUGUGAUUGUAGGAAAUCAUGUGGCAAGCCUGGUCUUGGAUAUGGACAUCUGAACAGUACAACGUGUACAUGUAACUGUGAAUAUGGAAUGGGUCCGAACUGUGAUGAGCCUUGCCAGAAUCCAGAACAGUACUUAGAUUAUGAUAUAUGUGGGACUGUUACUCCAGAAAACUGCUUAACAGAUGAUCAAGAUGAACGAGAUAUGCUGGCUGAAUUCUGUCCAGAACAGUGUGUGUGUAACAAGGCACCGGAAUAGACUACCAGUGGUGAUGAGAGUGAAAGAAUGUCAUAGUUUCAAAUAGUUUCUGUAAUGCACAAAUACCUAAAUAUAGGGAAAAUUCAGUAACUUCACAACGAUAUUUCAUAUUCGAGUGUUAAAAUGUGUACAGUUUACAUUAAAUGUUAAAAAGUGCAAGUGGAAAUGUUACCCGAGACUCACUUAUGUCAAAAACAUUUUUUUGGAAAUUUAUAUGUUAUACAUUGUUAAGCCCACCAUAUUAUCCUUAUCCGAAACAAUUUAUUAAUAUAUUGUAUCACGCUUCAACAAGAUAAAUAGAUUUCACAAGAAAUGUUACUUUAUACGUGUUUUGUUUUUAGUUAAAAUAAAUAGUUAACAAAUUUAAUAAUAUGUUUCGUUAACAAAACAUUUGUUUUGUUUACCUGUCAAUUAAAAGUUCUUUUCAGAAAAUUAGUCCCAAAAUAAACAGUUAAAUUGUCUUUCUGUAUGCAUUACUAUCGUGUGAUUUGUUUUACACAUUGGACUUGAUUUAGAGAAAUGAUGAUAUUUUUAUGUUCCUACUAUUUUGUAAUUAAAUAAUUAUGGGAGGCCUGUUAAGAAAAUAGAUGACAAAAAAUAUUUGUUUAUGUGUUGUGUCUAUUUGCUAAAAUGUAAAUGAUGCGUGCAAUAUUUUAUAUUGUAAUUUUUUAAUUAAAAGAUACUUUUGUUCAUGCACUGUUUUCAUGCUCAAUGUUUUUUUUAUGAAAACACGACAAGUUAAUUUGUGGUCUUGUGAAUACGUUAACUUUUUUAUUCAAAUUGUAUCAGUGAUACAAACAAAACAGAUUAAACAUAUUUCGCCUUA